CACAAAUAUUUAUAACUCAAUCAUCCACUUCCACGACCCCAUCACUCUCACGAUCUCACUCCACGCACUGACUACACGAGCUGACCGCUCGCCCUUCACGAUACUGCUCUCCCGCGCCGCCCGCGCAGCUCGCCCAUCACACUUCGCCACCGCCUCCACCGUCUUUGCCGCAGCGCGAUACUCCGCCAUGGCGACCGCUUACGCUGAGCCUGUCCACUCCGUUUCCGCCCCCGUGUCCACCAAGGGCUCGCCCACGCCUUCCUUCUCCGAACCACCCCCUUCCCGCGCCAUCCCCACCGACUUCCGCUCCUCCCUCGCAGCAUGGUGGGCGUCGAGCGGAUAUCGUGACGCGCGCGUCGCCGAGGACCGCCUCCUCCGCCGCUUGUCGUACUACCACCCGCCGGCGCCCGAGCCCUCGCGCUCCUGGUUCUCGUGGAACCACCAGCCUGCAUCGUCGGCCCCGCCGCCAGUUCCUGUACCCACCAACGGGCUCCUCGCCACGCUCCGCACCGUCUUCAUCCCCACUCCUGACCCCACCCUCGCGCCGCCAAGACCGGACAUGCGGAUUGAGGAGGACUCGAGCAUCUCGUCGGAUGACACAACCAAGAGCAAGAAGCACAAGCACGCCCGCUCGCUUCACUGCCACCACGCGGAAGGCCUGACAGAUUACAUCAACACGCUCGAGUUCUCCUCCCCCGCCACAAAGGACAGCAAGGAGGCUGUCGUCGUCGUGCAUGGAUAUGCCGCCGCGCUCGGCUUCUUCUUCCGGAACUGGGACGCCGUUGCGCGCGCCGCCGACGCCACCGGCCGCCGCACGUUCUUCCUCGACUGGCUCGGGAUGGGCCUUUCCUCGCGCCCAAAUCCGAGCCUCCUCGCCGCGCCCGCCGGCUCAGCAGUGGAAGCGCGCGUCGCGCGCGCCGAGCACUUCUUCCUCUCCUCUCUCGAAGCGUGGCGCGCCGCCGAAGGCAUCGAGCGCAUGGUCCUCGUCGGCCACAGUCUCGGCGGAUAUCUCUCGUCAGCCUAUGCGCUCAAGUAUCCUGAGCGCGUGUCGUCCCUCAUCCUCGUCUCGCCAGCCGGCAUCCCGCACGGCCAGCUGAACGAUAAGCCACCGGCCCCGCCCCCCACAAGACAGCCGAAGCCGCGGCCUGUGAGCGACGGCGCCUCGCUCGACGCAGCCGCCGACGCCGCCGAGGCGGAAAUGCACGAUCCCGCAGCGUCGGCCGCCGAGGCGGAAGCCGCUGCCCACCCCCAGCAGAGCGCGACGCGGCGCGGCGUCACAAAGUUCCUCCUGUGGGGAUGGGAAAAGGGCCUCUCCCCCUUCUCAAUCCUCCGCGGCAUGGGCCCGUGGGGUCCCCUCCUCGUUGGCAAGUACUCGAGCCGCCGGUUCGCGUCGCAGAGCGCCGACGACGUCCGCGACCUCCACGCCUACAUCUACGGCACGAGCGUGAUGCGCGGCUCGGGCGAGUUCUGUAUCUCCCACAUCCUCGCGCCGGGCGCGUAUGCGCGCAUGCCCAUCGUUGACCGCAUCAGCCCCCUCAAGGUCCCCGUUACGUUCAUGUACGGCGACAGCGAUUGGAUGGACGUUGAGGGCGGCCGCGCCGCCAAGGCCGUGCUUACCGAGGCCGGCAACCGCAACGUCGAUGUGCAUGUGGUCAAGAAUGCCGGGCACCACCUUUACCUCGACAACCCCGACGACUCGAAUGCCAUCAUCGAGGCGGCGAUCCGCGCCGCGCCCAAGGUCGAGGCGAACUAAUUACGAUAAGAGCCAUUAGAGUUGUAUAUUAGAAUAUUAGAUGCAGCAUAUUCGGACGAGG